UUUGAAUCUCUGGUUUUACUUUAAAGCAUCACUUCUUUCAGUAUUUUAUUUUGUUAUCCUCAUCAUUUCACCAACCUUUGGUGUUUCCUCAUUACAACCAAUUCCUGUCAUCUCUGUUAAUUUACAGAUUUUUUACUGUAAAGCUCUUUGUGUAACAUCGUUUGCUGCAGGAAAUAAGUCUGAUUGGUUUAUUGAUUGAUCCCUUUACAAAGUAAUUCAUCACAAUGUGUAUCACCCUGUAGUUUAUGUUCUAUAAAAAAUAAUCAAGCAUUGAUUCACAUCAAACUUUACAGAAAACACCCAAACCUCUAAAACCCGGCUGUUGUUUGCAAAAGGCAAAACCAAGAUUAUAAAUGACAUGAAGCCAAAACCUGCAAAAGCAACUGGUGUGAAUGAUCCUUUAAUUUGGAGACAGAAACUAAACCAGUAUCAGCUGCAGCAGGUUAUCAGAGCUGCUACUUGGGUUCGUGCUCGUGAUAAGACUGAGGUUUAUGAUUCUGUUCCUGGUGCAGAUCAAAAGCAAACAGUGACACUGUGGGACACGGAGCAGAUAAAGACUUUCAAAGUAAAACCACGUCACAGUUUCAGAGAUCCCACACUGUGCAUUGAAGAAGUUUCUGUGCAGGUGGUUUGGCUCCAUGAAGGAAACUGUGUUCCAUCAUGGAGACAGGUAAAGAAAGGGUCAACAUGAAAAGUAAACAUGAUGAUUGCUCUCCUUUGAAAGGUGUGUUGGCUUUAAUGCAGUGCAAAGUGACCACACCUACAGGCGGGGGGGAGGUGGAUCAGGAGGAAUAACCAGAAACCUCAACACGCGUGCCUCCACAUGUUGAGGCUUUCAGCUGGAGUGCGGCUGCAGGAGAGAAAAGACUGAAACUGAAUGGAAACAAGGAAAUCAAGAAGGAGGAAUAGAAGCUGCGAGUAUGAAUCCUGAUCCCGGAGCCACAGAGAUGGAUUCCUCUUGUGUGACGCCUGAAAAUCCCACCGGGGACGAACCAGAGUCCCAGGAGCUGGACCCGGUGCUGGUCUGGGUUCCCAGCGGGAGGCGUCUGAUCUCUGGUCUGCUGGGGAUGAACGUGGUCCUGCUGGGGGCGGCCCUGGUGGCAGGACAGGCUUUCAACCCAGAGGGCCUGAAGAACCAGGAGCCCCAGGUGUUCUUGCUGCUGCUGAUGGGGGCCAGCUUGAUCUGGAUCCUGUGGUACCUGCUGUGGGCCCGGAAACAACCCGGCAUCAGCCCACAUAAAGACCACCAUGCCGGGGGAACCACAGUGAUCUUGGUCCUGAUCCUGUUCGCUGGGUUCAGUGUGGUUCUGUUCAUCUGCAGGAUCGGGUACUUGAUGAGCGUGAGGGACUGUCAGCCGUCUGCCAAAGUUCUGUCUGCGUUCAUGGAGGCUCCUUUUCUGGUGCUGCAGACGUAUUUACUGUGGGCUCACUCCAAGGACUGUGUCCACAAACACAAGAUCAUCACCAGGUCUGGACUGAUGGUGAUCCUGUCAGCUGACCUGCUGCUGUGGCUCAACGCCGUCACCGAGGACACGAUCCACGAGGAGAUCGAGUUAGAGAAGAGCGACGGGUUCAAGUUCAGCAACACUAACUCAUCCGAGGACGACGACUCGGACUCACUAGGGAACUUGACGUUGUGUCGCUGCAGUGCGAGCGCCGCCUGCCUCACCUUCAGGAAAGGCUUCGAGAUCCUGUAUCCCUUCAACAUGGAGUUCUACCUGAUGGCCGGCUGCAUGGUCUACGUGAUGUGGAAGAACGUGGCCCGCAGGACGAGUCCGGGGCACCACGUCUCCGAGAAGCUGACCCUGAACAUCGUGUACCAGGGCGGGGUCAUCUUCGGCCUGGUGUUCGGAGGCCUGGUGCUGGUGGCGGGGGUGACGGUGUUCGUCCUCUACCAGGUGUGGGUGAGCCAGCCGCAGCUUCGCCUCGACGCCUUCCUCGUCUUCUACGGCUUCCACUUGGCCGUCAUGCCCGUCAUGUCCCUCUGCUCGCUGGCCGGGACGCUGGUCCACCGGCUGGAGAGGAGGGCCCAGGAGGCCGGACGCAACCCGACCCGCAGCCUGGACGUGCUGCUCCUGGUGGCAGCGGCUCUGGGGCAGCUGGCCCUCUCCUACUUCUCCCUGGUGGCGGCCCUGGCUCUGGGGACCAGCGGGCCCCUGGGGGACCUGGACCUGUCCUACUCCCUCCUCAGCCUCCUGGAGCUCGUCCUCCAGAACAUCUUCAUCAUCGAAGGCCUCCACCGGCACCCGAACCUGCUCACCAAGAAGAAGGAGAAGAAGAGGAGCAGCAUAUUUAAGCCAAAGAGAAAGAAGACGACAGCGAUAGAAGAAGAGAGGAAGACGGAUGUCUCACUGAUGGAGGGAAACUUGGCAGCCCCCCCUGCUGUCCAAGUGCAUGAUGGGAAAACGACCUGGCACAAGAGGGCGAUACAGGAAAUCUGUGCUUUCCUCGUCCUCUCCAACAUCAUGCUGUGGGUCAUCCCGGCCUUCGGAGCCCACCCUCAGUUUGAGAACGGCCUGGGGAAACAGUUCUUCGGCUUCAGCGCCUGGUUCGUUCUGGUGAACUUGGGUCAGCCGCUCAGCGUCUUCUACAGGAUGCACUCGGUGGGCGCUCUGAUGGAGCUGCUCAUCAGCGCGUGACAGGCAACACGCAACACGUGACCGUGCAGCGGAGUAAACAGGACACACAUCAAUGAACGAUUUAGUUAAACAUGGACAGAAGUAUGUGGACAUCUACUGCUGAUGAGGCUGAUGUUCUUCAGGGUUUGAGAUCCUUGGAGCAGGUUUGUGUCCACUUCCUGUUUCAAUAUGUCGACGCCCACGUGCACGAUGCCCACGUGCACAGAUCCAGAUCGAUAAAGAUGAGGGGGAACUGCAUGAGGGUCAAGCAAAAUGUUGAAAAACAUUCUAAAGCACAAUGUUCAUAAAGAUGAACCUCCUGAUGCAGAUGAGCAUCAUUCAAUGAGCUCCUUCCUGAAUCCACAUCCAUCCACCAAGUGUCAUUUAACACAUCCAGUCGUGUUUGUACAAUAAUAACAACAACAACAACCACACACAAACAGAUGUUUGAUGCUCUUGGAAAGUUUUAAAUGUUUUACUUCAUUAAAAGCAUCAAUACAACAAAGUACAAAUCCUUCGUUAGAAAGUCCUGCAGCUCAACAGUCAAACAUCAAGAGUCAAAGAAAAGUUGAAAAUGUCAAAACUUUGUUAAGUAUUUGGCGAAAUGUUAAUUGUUUUUCUGCUUUGGGUCCAAAUAUAUACAUUUCAAAAGUUAAAUAUGAUAAAGGGACAUAUUAUAAUAUCUUCUCUGUAAAGUAAAACCAGCCGUUAGAUAAAUGCACAUAUCGUCCUCUGAAAUGUUUCAUUGUACAGACGUACAUUACAAACAUGGUAUCUCUGCAGACAGGUUCAAGAAUCUGUUGACUUAUAACAUACUUGUUAAUUAAAUCAUUUCCUUUGAGAUUAAACAGAUGUGUGUUUUUAUUCUGACAGAAUAAAACACGUCACAUUCA